CAAGACAUCCAAGAGAAGGAACUGGUUGCAAAGUCUGAGAGGAUGUUUCUGAGUAAGAUGAAAGUUCUCCUUCUGAUCACAGUCAUCUUGGCAGUAACUGCUGGUUUCCCGGUCUCUGAAAACCAGGAAAGAGAAGAACGAAGUGCCAGUGGAAGCAAUGAAUCACCUUCCCCGUUUUAUGGUCCAUUUGGCCCAUAUCCACCAUUCCUGGAUCCAAGAUUUCCAUGGUGGAGAUACUGUCCUCCUUUCCCAAUACCUUUCAAUGGCCCUCCUCCUAAUGGACAGUAAAGAAA